AUGUCUGAAGUUGUCUUCUUUAGUAACAUCAUUGAAUACAUGGCUAGUCACGGAAGGAAUGGUCUUUUACCUCGUAAGCUGAAGUGUAUCUUCAACUUUAAAGGAACAAAUGGAAUUCCAACAUUUAACGUCAUGAAGUACAAAAAUGAACGCUAUAUUUGGGUUAAAGGUACAAACUUUGCAAGCCACAAUGAUCUAUCGAUUGAUUUACACACAGUUGAAACACCAUUUUUGAAUGGCUAUGCCCAUUCUGGUUUCUUAAAUGCAGCUAGAAUGGUACUUUCACUUGUUACAGGACUCAUUGAGAACCAUGAGCGUGUUGUCUGCCUCGGACACAGCUUAGGAGGUGCAGUCGCAACAAUGAUUGCUAUGAUCCUCAAAUAUGAAAAUAAAUGGGAUAAUGUUCAAGCAUUUACUUUCGGAACACCAGGAAUCUUAAGUGCUGAUCUCCAAGAGAAGUCAAAAUUGAUUUGCACAACAUUUGUUCGUUCUAAGGAUCCAAUCCCAAGAAUUUUCAAGAUUAAGAAAGGAAUUUAUAAUUUCUUCAAGUUCAAUGUUGGAAAGUAUUGCAGAGAGUUGUUCAUGAACAAAUACGAAACUUUAGAAGAAUCCAACGAAUCAAGAAUCGGUGAUAUUGUUCCAGGAAGAGUCAUAAUCAUUGAGAAGAAAGACGAUGAGCCAAUUUGUCGCAGACCAGUCCCAGCAGACUUUGAGCUCAGAAAGAAACUCAGAAUGAUGUCUCAUUCCCAUAAGAAGUAUCACAGAGAUCUUUUACACAUUUACCAUGACGAUGAACUUGACAAAGCGUUUCAUUAUAGAAAAAUCAAACUCUCAGCUUUCCUGAACAAGUCAAUGACUGUUCUUAAUUCCAGAAUUGUCGGAGUAGGAGUUACUGGAGCUGUUUCGACUGUUCUCUUAACGAUCUUUCUCGGUCCUGUUGGGGCAAUUGUAGGAUUUUGCCUUACAACAACACUUGUUCUUACAUACGCUGGAAUAAAGAAGCCAAUCAAAAUUCAUAAUUCCAGCCAAUAA